GUCGGUGCUGAGCAUCACGGGCGGCCACGGCGACCAGCACGACGUGCCGCUCGAGACCGUCAUGGACGCCUGCCGCUCCGGCGACGGCAUCUCCAUGCUGUGUGACGGCGUCGACGGCUGCACGAGCGCCGUCAGGCGCGUCGUCCGUCGCGGCGCGAGGGUCAUCAAGAUCUGCUCCACGGGCGGCGUGCUCAGCCUCAACGACCAGCCCGAGGACUCGCAGUUCUCGCCGGCAGAGCUCAGGGCCAUCGUCGACGAGGCGGGAAGGAGCGGCCGCGCCGUUGCGUCGCACGCCAUCGGGAAGACGGGCAUCAUGGCGGCACUCGAGGCCGGCGUCAAGAGCAUCGAGCACGGCAUGUACCUGGACGAGGAGGUCGCGGCGCUGAUGAAGGAGAAGGGCGCCAUCCUGGUGCCGACGAGGCAUAUUGUCGAGGGCUUGGGCGCCAGCGCGGACAAGCUGCCCCCCCAGUCCCGCGAGAAGCUGCGCCGGAUGACGGAGCUGUCAAGGUCGAGCCUGAAGCUGGCCGUGAAGCUGGGGGUCAAGAUAGCGCUGGGCACGGACACGCUAAGCAGCGACAGGAAGCAUGUCCUCGCCCACGGGAAGAACGCGAUGGAGCUGCAUUGGGCCGUCGCCGCCGGGAUGAGCGCCCUGCAGGCCAUAGAGAUGGCGACCGCGACGCCCCCCGAGACGUUGGGCGCGCAAGCUCCGAGGUCGGGGCAGCUCAAGGCGGGUUAUGACGCCGACAUCAUCGCCGUCUCGGAGAACCCCCUGGACGACAUUGACGUCCUGGUGAGGCAGAGCAACAUCACCCAUGUCUGGAAGGGAGGCAAGCUGUACAAGUCUCCGUAGGGUGCGUGGGAAGAUCCUGUAGAUACCAACCGGGAAAUUGGCCAGAUGAAUAAAUGUGCGCACUUUGAAGCAGAUGUAUAUAUCUGCAAAACCACGCAAUCAAGAGAGGCAUCCUUCAAUAUGCUCAAUUCUUCCCCCCUCUUGAUUCCCAGACACAGCAACUAGUCUGAGCAGCCAGUUGGCUAUAUCAGAUAGGAAGCCUCCUACAGCCGAGCAAAGAUGAUUAAACCUGAAGUAGUAAGCCCUCCAUACCGGCCCU